AUGGCCGAAGAGAAGGAAGAGGAGUACGUACAUAAAGUUUAUAACGAAAUUGCGGCUCAUUUCUCGCAGACGCGCUACAAACCGUGGCCAAUUGUGACGUCGUUCUUGCAGCGCCAGUCUGUGGGUUCAGUGGGGAUUGACGUUGGAUGUGGGAACGGGAAAUACCUGGGAGUAAACAAAGACGUCUUUAUUAUUGGUUCGGACCGGUCGAACGGACUAAUUGAGUGUGCACACACGCUGAACGUCAACCAUAAUGUCCUUGUCGCUGAUGGAAUGCGCCUUCCGCACCCGGACGAUCGGUUCGACUUUGGCAUCUCGAUCGCGGUCGUACACCAUUGGUCGACGCGCGACAGACGCAUAGCUGCAAUCCAACACAUCUUGUCCAAGAUCAGGCCCGGAGGCGAGGCCCUUAUAUACUGCUGGGCUUUGGAACAAGCGACGUCGCGACGUGGAUAUCAAGAAGGCAUGGAUCAGGACGUGCUGGUACCGUGGGUUUUGGCCCAGAAACAAACGAAACCGAAUAAUGUUACGAAAAAGAAGGCUUUUGAGCGGCCAGAACGACCCGACCUGGAAAACGUCCCUCCCAAGGACAGAGCGCAGUUUCUUGCCGAGUGGAAACAGAAGCAAGAAGAAAAACGUGAACUAAAGGCAAAUGAAGCAUCAGAACAAGCACGGGACUCCCUCAACCACGCUCCCCAAGAACCAGAAACCGUCAAAUACAGGUUUUAUCACCUCUAUCAGGAAGGUGAACUCGAAGAAGAUUGCACCAGCGCGGGCGGAAUUGUUAAGGAAAGCGGCUACGAAAGAGACAAUUGGUAUGUAGUGGUCAGCAAACCGUAG